AUGGUUUGCCGUCACGGUAUUGAAUGCACUGAAUUGGAAUGCAUGUAUUCGUGCUCUCACUGGUCGACCUUAUCACCUCCUGAUCUGGUUAUUGAGAAAUUCUAUACGGCAGUGCAAAAGUGCUACAAUGAGAAUAAGCUUUCGAUAAAGAGUAACUUAGAUUUACCUUAUGGAGAUGGUGAACGACAAAAAAUUGACAUUUGGGGAGACGAAGAGAACUGGCAAACUGCUUUCAUUUUCUUCCACGGUGGCUAUUGGCAGCAUCGUUGGCCGAAAAAGCGGCUUUUUGCCGGAGGUCAUAGUGCGGGGGCCCAUUUGGCAUUAUCUGCGUUACUAUCGUUGGGUUCUGAAAGUCGAUACGAUGGGGCAUUUCUUAUAUCGGGUGUCUAUUUCCUCCAGGAUCUACCGGCCACUUAUAUAGGACGAGCGAUCAAGCUCAAGCCAUCAGAAGCCAAGACUGCAAGUAUUGAAGAUGUUCAUGGCUAUAAGAAUUCCAUAAUGCUUCUGGUUGGUUCACUGGAAUCGCCACAACUGCUGAAACAAAGUCAGAAAUUGUUUAAUCUCUUCAAGAUGAAGGCGGUUUGCGAAGACAUUCAAAUGAAGGACAUUUUUGAAAAUCAAUUAGCGAUUGCCGAAAUUCUGCCGAAAUCGUCAGUUUUCUAG